UUCCCAGGAUUCGACGACCUCUACUGCAAGUUCUGCUUCGUCUACGGCCAAGACUGGGUUCCCACAGCGGGCCUGGAGGAGGGCAUCUCCCAAAUCACCUCCAAGAGCGACGUCGCGCCCACCACGCUCGUCUGGAACUUCCCCAUCGACAUUACCUUCAAGAGCACCAACCCGUUCGGCUGGCCGCAGAUUGUCGUGAGCGUCUACGGACCCGACUUUUUUGGGAACGACGUGGUCAGAGGUUAUGGAGCUGUUCAUGUUCCCUUCACGCCCGGAAGGCAUACGAGAACCAUCGCUAUGUUUGUUCCAGAGUCCACAUCUACGCUGCAGAAGUUUACAAGUUGGUUCACGGGGAGACGCCCGGAAUUUACUGACCCCAGAGUGGUAGCGCAGGGAGAAGGGAGGGAAGUAACGAGGGUGCGAUCUCAAGGCUUUGUGACCAUUUCCUUCAACGUAGUGACCAAAGACAUGAAGAAGCUGGGCUAUGACGUGAGCCCGAGCGACGUGCAGAACCCUGCUCUGGUGCCCGUCACGGAAGGGAUUCAGAAGUACUGA